AUGUUACUCAAAGGGUUUGCUUGGCUCGGAAUUAUCCUAGAGUCUGCUUUCACAGACUGCCAGUACCUUUCACGCCCCGAUCUUUCCCCGCCGAAGCUCAACAUUACAGUCCCAGCUCUCUCUGAAACAGAAUCUGGUUUCAUUUUCGUUGCACCGAAAAAGGCCGCUGAGUUGUACGAGAAUCUGGCCAUGCAAGCUGCACCAUACAUAUAUCGCGACGAUGGAGAGUUGGUUUGGUCUGGUAUGGGGUAUUACUGCGGUUAUGUCAUUAACUUUGGGGUCAUGGAACUCAACGGCGAACCGGCUUUGCGUGCAUUUCAAGGAUCCAUGGAUGGUUCCCGGCUGAAGAUGAAUGGGCAACAUGCUAUUCUCAAUAAUAAGUAUCAAACGGUUGGGAUUGUUCGUCCGGCAUCACAUCUUCUGGCUUCGGGUCAUGAGGUCAACGUACUUGGUGGUAGAUCGGUUUUGAUAGAGGUAUCUACUCCAGUACCAACGGAUCUGAGCUUAAUUGGUGGUGACCAAGAACAAAAAUGGGUUGUCUCAAGUGGGUUUCAAGAGCUUGACCUAGAAACUGGCGAAUUGAUAUUUGAAUGGUAUAGUCUAGAUCAUAUCAGCCCCAACUAUAGCGAUCUUUUCUUGAAACCCACUGGCCCCUGGUCGGGCCGCAGUGCGCUGGACGCCUACCACUAUUUCGCGCUCAACAGCAUUGAUAAAGAUGAUCAAGGAAAUUAUCUUAUAUCCAGUCGUCACUGUAGCGCUAUCUUCAAAAUCAGCGGUACUAAUGGGAAUAUUAUCUGGCAGCUGGGAGGACGACAAGGAUCAGAUUUCCAAAUCCCCUCUAACUUGGAGUUUGCAUACCAACACCACGCCCGUUUCCGAUAUCGCUCACCAGACGGCUCAAUUGAACGUAUAUCAUUUCUUGACAAUGCGAAUAGCGAUGCGCAACCACAUCAUUUUACUGGGCGGGUUUCCAGGAUUCGCUACAUUGAGCUGAAUCAUACAACGAAGUCAAUCUCAGAAAUUUGGACCUAUCCUGCUCCAGAUGACCUGAUUGCUGUGGCACAGGGCAGUCUUCAGUUCCUCCCAAAUGGGAACGCAUUUGUGAACUGGGGCUCGGCAGGUGCAAUCACAGAAUACUCUGAGAAUGGAACUAUUCUCUUCCAUGCUUAUCUUGAUUCAUAUCCAUCUGAGUAUGUUCACAGUUAUCGUGGAUUUAGAUCUAAUUGGACUGGAAUUUCUAGCGAAGAGCCCGCAGUUCUAGCUUUUAAAUUGCAAUCGCAGGGCUUAAUGAUGUGGGUAUCAUGGAAUGGCGAUACGGAGACGAAGGCCUGGCGAUUUUAUCUGCAGGACAGUCGUUCAAGCCAGAAGGUCAAUGUUCUCGGCACACAGUCGCGGAAAGGCUUUGAAACUCGGUUUCAAUCAAAUCUCGAUCAGUCUUUGGAGGAAUUUCAGAAAUAUUUUAUUGUGGCUGAGGCUUUGAAUUCUUCUGGUCAUGUAAUAGGUAGGAGUCGGCCGGUUAAGAUUCAAGAUGAUAAACCUUACCGUGCUCAUAUUGACAAGCUUGAGCUUCAAAGUUUUGAAAAAGAGAGGAUAUUAUCGGCGCAAGAGCGAAUGGAGCUUUAA